AUGGGCCAUAGGGGGCUUUGCCCUUCGCUUCUACAUGAAGGAUGUGCUGGACUAGAUGGUGCUACCGUGGGACGGCUAACAACAGCCGCGGGGCUUCCAUGGAAUAUGAAGCCCUUCAUGGGCAUGCUGUCCGAUGGUGUUGCCUUCUGCGGCUACCACCGCCGAUCCUACAUCGUCCUUGCUGCAGCUGGUGGCUUCGCCUCGUAUGUCUUGCUCGGGACCUUGGCAUUGCCAGCUGCAGCGCUGGUUGUUGUGAUGAUUGCGAUGAAUCUCUCAGUCUCCACGACGGACGUCAUCGUGGAUGGUAAGGGUGCCGAACUCUCGCGCCAAGUGCCGCAUCACGCGUCUGAUCUGCAGUCCCUCUUCGCGGUUGUCGGUGCGUUCUUCAGUCUGGUGUCUUCGAGCUUGAAGGGAUCCCUCAUCGAAUGGUUUUCGCCCCAGACGGUGCUGCUGAGCUUGACGGCUUGCUCAGUCAGCCUGCUUCUACCUGCUCUCUGGGGCUGGCUGCCCGAAGAAAGGAUUCCGCAUGCACGAUGUGUCGUAAAGCUGGACCAGUUCCGGAAGCACCCGUCAGUGUCUAUGGUCGCUGUGCUGUUGACCCUCGUUUCUACCUGUUUGUCCUCCGUGCAGGUGCUGGUUCCCAACAAGCAAGCAAGAGCUGCGGUCACGGUGCUUUGUGCUGCCGCCGUGGCCACGCAGUCUUAUCGGGCAUUGAAGCAGAUCAUGCCAUACUUGGGCAGGACUGCGCUUUUCAUCUUCCUCAGGCAGAGCUUGCAAGUUGGCCUUGGGUGA